AACAGUUUCCGGCAGCCGGAUGCCGGAUCCCAUCCCCGCUCCAUUGCAGAAGGAGAAAAGAAAGGCUAGCAGGAUGCAUCUGGCCAGGAGGGUAGGAUCGUACGGUACCUGGAUUCUUUGUCCCAUUCCGCGUUCAAUUCGACCCAGGAUGCCUUUCGUCACGGUUAACGAUAGAUCUCUGUACUACUUCCUGAGGAGGCCGGAGGUUUCUAAUGAGACAUUGACACUGGUCUUUAUCCCUGGGCUAGGGUCAUCGAGUUCGUUCUACGCUACUAUAAUUCCCUACCUUGUCGAAGCAGGAUUUACCUGUCUUUCCAUAGACACACAUGGUAAGUGAUACUUAGUGGACCUAUACCGCAUGCCUAACUUGAGACAGGAAGCGGGCUCUCGGCAUAUACGGGCCAGCAGACGAGCAUGAAAUCAAUCGCCCAUGAUGUAACAGCAGUGUUAUCUUCUUUGGAUAUAUCUCCGGAUAGAACAGUCGCCGUCGGGCAUUCCAUGGGAGGCAUGGUAGUCGGAGAGUUAGCCGCGAAGCUUCCACUCCGCGGAGCAGUUUUGAUCGGGCCUGUAGAACCGAGCCCACAGGCUGCAGAAGUCUUCAGCAAGAGAAUGGAAGCCGUGCGGAAGAGUGAGCUGACCUUGCUUCAGCUGUGCUAUACUGGCUCGCUGACAGGAAAUGCUCUAGAUGGCAUGGAAAUCAUGGCAGACACGAUCCCUGCUGCUGCUACGGGGUCGAAGUCUACGCCAACACACCGUGCAUUUAUCCGGGCGCUUCUCCUUGCUCAGGAUCCAAAAGGAUACGCAUCCCUCUGUCGAGCUAUUGCCGAUGCAGAGAGACCUCCCUAUUCCCGUGCCACUUGUCCGGUGUUGGCCAUCGUCGGAGAAGAGGAUAAGACGGCACCCGCAGAGGGGGUUCGGAAUAUCCUGCAAAGCUGGAACGGUCCACGAGACAUUACGAGCUUGCCCCGUGUUGGUCAUUGGCACUGCAUUGAAGCUGCGGAGGAAGUUAGAUCGACCGUAUUGGACUUUGUCGGCCAGGUUCUGGGCUUCAAGGGAAAGUACAGCAGUAACCGGAGCACGGAAUACGAUAUAGGCUCUUAG